AAAAAAAUAGGAAUUCUUCCCUUAUUAUCGGAUACUAAAAUUGAUGUUUCUACUUAUACUAUUCAAGACUUAGCAGAUGUAGAAAAGAAUGAAGUUGACGAAUUAGUCAUAGAUCUAAUGACAAACCUGUCAGAUCCUACAAUCGAACAUCAGCUAAAUGAAUGA